AUGAAGUCUAAAAGCAAAAAGAAGAAUCAAAAGAAGGAAAGAGAACCCAGAUUUGCUUUCAUGACAAAGAGUGAAGUUGAUAACCUAGACGAUGGCUAUAGGUGGCGUAAAUACGGUCAAAAAGCUGUUAAAAACAGUCCUUAUCCUAGGAGCUACUAUCGUUGUACCACGGCAGCCUGCGGCGUGAAAAAGCGCGUGGAGCGUUCAUCCGAUGAUUCUUCCAUUGUCGUCACUACAUACGAGGGUCAACACACACAUCCUUCACCAGCCACGUCACGUCCUAGCCUCAGCUUCGUUAACGAACCUACUAGCUUCGGUGCCGGUGCAUUUGGUGGUUGUAGUUCAGGUUCACACUCACACUCACACUUUGUUCUACCACACGCUUCAUCAUUGUUGUACGAUAAUACUAAUCCCACUAUCAAUUCUACUACUACACCCCCAUCACUUGGUUCUAGUGGUGGCUAUGUUAACACGUCGUCGUUUGGUGGUUUUGUUCACGACCAAGCGAUUAUUCAAAGAGGUUUUGGAACUUCCCACGAAGCUUUGUUAAGAGACAAUGGGUUGCUUCAGGAUAUUAUUCAGAUGAAAAAUGAGGAGAAAGAUUUAAUCAAAGAACAACUCGGUAAUAAUAAUAUACUAUAG